CCGAUACGUCGGUGACAGGACGGGUUGUUCGUGAUCGACUCGUUUCAACUCCAGUCUGUGUCCACGGCCCGUCCGAGAGCCCGGAUAAGUGAUUUUCCCACGGUAUAGCUUUAUUGACGAAAUUCUCCGUCGACCAAAAGUAAACCGACAGCAUGGGUGAGCCGAUCAAAGAGACCCAGCCGACAGAGGAGAUGGUCCAGGAGGAGACGGUCAAGGAGGAAACACCAGUAAUUGUUGUAGAACCAGCAGUAACUGAAGUAGAAGAAGUAAAUGUAGAAGAAGUGAAUGCUGGGACGGAGGAAGAACCAGCGUGUGUGUCCGCGCCAGAUACACCGACCAAAGGCAAAAAAGGACGGCGUACCGUCCACACCAACAACGGCCAUGAGUUCCGAUCAACUUCCUUCAAACAACCGCAUUUUUGCUCACACUGCAACAAAUUCAUCUGGGGUAUUUGGUCCCAAGGAUACCAAUGUAAAGUGUGCCGCGUGGUGGUUCACAAGCGAUGUCACAAUCAGAUCAUUCCGCCAUGCCCUAUCGCCGAUGCCGAAGAAGAGGAGAAGCAGCCGCACAAGCUGAAGGUGAACAAUUACUUCAGGCCAACUUUCUGUCGUCAUUGCGGAUCUCUACUUUAUGGAUUUAUCCACCAAGGAUUAAAAUGUCAAGACUGCAAGAUGAACUUCCACAAACGAUGUGGCAAAAACAUUGCCCUGAACUGCAUCACCCACGUCACUCCAGCUUCUUCUUAAAGAAACGAAACGUCAAGUUUGCCGGUCGAGAUGACGUCAAGGUUUGCGGUACGACGUAAUUUACUUGGACAUAGACAUGUUUUUGUUUACAUGGGCUAGGACACUAUUACUACAAGAGAAUAGUUAGAGCCCCAAAUUUGUUUCGAAUUACGAGAUCACAUCCUUAAAAAAUCAUUUUUUAUACUUCAAGAAAUGGCUAAACUUUUUAGUGCCCUUUUCAAAACUACGGUUUUGGCUUCAGGCUUUGGCUUGGACUCCAUCAAUAAUUUUGGAAACGUACACUUUCAGUGGACACAGGACGGUGCUUAGGCUGGAGCUGCAAUUGUUGAAGCCUUGGUUGCGAAAACGGGCAUGUUAACCAAGAAAAAGGGGCCGUGUGAAGAA